ACACACUGGGCGGCUUGUAACCAGAAAUCACGGUUGUAAUCAGCUGGAGAGCAGGGAGAGAAAAAUCCUCCAGGAAAAAGUAGCGGGGAUUCGUCACCACAAAGGCCGGGAUUGGAGCUCCGAUUCCCGGGUAGAGACUCUAGAACUCUCGGUGUGUUUGAUCCUCUGGAGGUAGACAGGCGGAGGAAAAGAGGGGAGACAGAUGGAAAGAUGGAGACCCCAGUGUUAACAGAAUAGUUGAACAAAGCUCAGAUUGGGAACGCUAAGCUGAGAAACUUCCAGAACCAUGAAGCAGACAUUAUUAAAUCUAUCGCCCAACGGGCGGCUCAUCGCCGGCCUGCUGGUGAACCUGCUGUCCUCCAUCUGCAUCGUCUUCAUCAACAAAUGGAUCUACGUCCACUACGGCUUCCCCAACAUGACCCUGACUCUCGUUCACUUCGUGGUCACAUGGCUGGGGCUCUACGUCUGCCAAAAGAUGGACAUUUUCGCCCCGAAAAGCCUCCAGAUUCGCAGCAUUGUGUGGCUGGCUCUGAGCUUCUGUGGGUUCGUGGCGUUCACCAACCUCUCGCUGCAGAAUAACGCCAUAGGAACGUACCAGCUGGCCAAAGCCAUGACCACACCCGUCAUCAUCCUCAUCCAGACCACAUACUACAAGAAGACCUUCUCCACCAAGAUCAAACUCACACUGGUUCCCAUCACAUUAGGGGUGAUAUUGAACUCUUACUUUGACGUGAGGUUCAACAUGCUGGGGACGGUGUUUGCAACGCUGGGAGUCCUCGUGACGUCGCUGUACCAAGUGUGGGUCGGAGCUAAGCAACACGAGCUCCAGGUGAACUCCAUGCAGCUGCUGUACUACCAGGCUCCCCUGUCGUCUGGCUUCCUGCUCUGCGUCGUUCCCAUGUUCGAGCCGCUGACUGGAGACGGAGGGAUAUUUGGACCCUGGUCUCUGCCUGCACUGGAGAGA